GAAUAGAAAGAUCACAAACACCGGAAAGUUUCAAGACAACCCUUAAAUGGAUGGAGGAAAGAAACAAGAACUUUUACAAAGCCUGGCAAUCUGAUCAGAAAACAUGGUGUAGAAAGGUGGUUAGAGAACUCUCUGAUGUUAUAAGAUGCACAAGAGAGAUGUUGCUAAAAGAUCAAAUCAACUUUAAUUUAUUAAAGGACAAGUUGCAACACAGCUGCAAUACUGUUGUACAACUGUUUGUGGUAGCAUGUUCACUAUACUGCACAGCUGAUCAAUACAAGCAACUGAACACACCAGAGAUGGUAACAUUGUCAUGGCAUAUGGCUGUGGAAGUACUGGUAUAUGUAUUGCAGGAGUUUUACAAACUGAUCUAG